AUUCGAUAGGCGUUUCGCGCUUUUUUACUACCAAAAGGCGCGCAGUCAGGACGCAGCCAAGUUUUCUUUAUUUAUUUAUUAUUUCUGUUAAAUUCGAAGCAUUCCUCAAACAUGCAAGCAUUUUUGAAAACUGGAAAAUCAAGUGCUGGUAAUGGAGAAAAGGGUCAGGGGGCAGCCGUUGAACGCCGCAAGCCGCCGGCACCUUGGGUGGAGAAAUAUCGGCCCCGCAAUGUGGACGAUGUGGUGGAGCAGUCCGAGGUGGUUGCCGUGCUGCGCAAGUGCGUCGAGGGUGGCGAUUUGCCGAACAUGCUGCUCUACGGGCCACCGGGUACGGGCAAGACGAGCACCAUUCUGGCAGCAGCCCGACAGAUAUUCGGCGAUAUGUACAAAGACCGCAUCCUUGAGCUGAACGCGUCCGAUGAGCGUGGCAUCAAUGUGGUGCGCACCAAGAUCAAGAACUUCUCACAGCUUUCAGCCAGCAGUGUGCGUCCGGAUGGAAGGCCUUGCCCGCCGUUCAAAAUCAUUAUCCUCGACGAAGCAGAUUCGAUGACACAUGCUGCCCAGUCUGCGCUGCGUCGCACCAUGGAAAAGGAGAGCCGCAGCACUCGCUUCUGUUUGAUUUGCAACUACGUCUCGCGCAUCAUUGUGCCCAUCACAUCGCGGUGCUCCAAAUUCCGCUUCAAGGCGCUGGGCGAGGAGAAGAUAAUCACCCGCUUGCGGCACAUCUGCGACACAGAGGGUGUCAAGAUCGAUGAGGAUGCGUACAAGUCCAUUGUUAAGAUCUCCGCUGGUGAUCUGCGUCGCGCCAUAACCACGUUGCAGUCAUGCUACCGCCUGAAGGGCUCCGAGCACACCAUCAAUACAGCAGAUCUGUUCGAGAUGUCGGGCGUUAUACCGGACUAUUACCUAGAUGACUAUCUGGAGGUGUGCCGCUCAGGCAACUAUGAACGCCUGGAGCAGUUUGUUCGCGAGAUUGGCUAUUCCGCCUACAGUGUGGGCCAAAUGAUGGAGCAGUUUGUCGAGUUCAUUGUCCAUCAUCCAGGUCUCAACGAUCCGCAAAAGGCCAAGAUUUUGGAUAAAUUGGGUGAAUGCUGCUAUCGCCUGCAGGACGGCGGCUCCGAGUAUCUGCAGAUCAUGGAUCUCGGCUGCUCGAUAAUCCUGGCAUUAAAAUGAUUCUCACUCUCUCCAAAAGAAUACGCAGUAUGCCUACUGGCUGAAAAUACAUAUAUAUUUAAAAUGAA